AUGAAUUGUUCAAUGUUUUCAGCUUGGAUGGAUUGUAACCAAAGAGAUGAAGUUGCCCGAGAGCUUACUUAUGUUGAAUUCCCUACUAAGUUUGUCUUUAAAAAGGAUGAACGUUGUUGGAAACGUCGGAAACCGGGUGGUUUUGCAAUUGGAAGAAUUCAUGCUGUUUCUCCUACUCUUGGUGAGGCAUAUUUUUUGAGGAUUCUUUUAAACAAACUUAAAGGUCCUCGAUCCUUUGAUGAUAUCCUCACUGUAAAUGGUCGUAAAUUUAAUACCUUUAGAGAAGCAUGUUAUGCUCACGGUCUACUAGAUGAUGACAUGGAAUAUGUAGAAGCUAUCCAAGAAGCAAGUCAUUCAGGAUCCGGUUAUUAUCUUCGCACACUCUUUGCUACGAUGUUGACGUGCCAGACUCUGUCUUUGCCGGAACGUGUAUGGCAAAAAACAUGGGAAUUAUUAUCAGAUGGCAUCCUCUAUAAACAACGACAGAUUUUAACGUCUCCAGAUUUAUGCCUCACUGAUGAUGAAGUUAAAAAUCUCACUUUGUACGAGAUUGAGAAGAUUUUAAUUCGUAAUAAUUCCAGCUUACGAAAUUUUAAUACAAUGCCUUAUCCUGAUCAUGAGUUGAUUUCUACUUCAAAUAAUCGUUUGAUUACUGAAGAGUUGGAUUAUGAUAGAAUUGAUCUUCAAGAGCAGUUUGAGAACCUUUUAGUUUCAUUAACCGAUGAACAAAGAUUUAUUUAUGAUGAUAUCAUGAAAGCGGUUGAAGACAAUAAAGGUGGUGUUUUUUUUGUUUAUGGUUAUGGAGGUACCGGUAAAACAUUUCUUUGGAAAACGUUAUCUGCAUCUCUAAGAUCAAAAGGGGAAAUUGUUUUAAAUGUUGCCUCAAGUGGGAUUGCAUCUUUGCUUCUUACAGGAGGUAGGACAGCUCACUCUCGAUUUCUCAUUCCGAUUAAUCUGAACGAAGACUCAAUGUGUACUAUAAUCCCUAACAGUGAUGUUGCAAAUCUAUUAAAGAAAACAUCAUUGAUUAUAUGGGACGAAGCGCCCAUGGUACACCGACAUGGUUUUGAAGCUUUGGAUAGAACUCUAAAAGACAUAUUGAAAUGUGAUGGUUCUCAUAAUUCCCAAAGUCCAUUUGGAGGUAAAACAAUCGUAUUUGGUGGAGAUUUCCGACAAACUCUUCCUGUCAUUCAAGGUGGUACUAGACAAGACAUUGUUAAUGCUUCGUUGACUUCUUCGUACAUAUGGGACCACUGCAAAGUACUCACUUUAACUAAGAACAUGAGGUUGACUGCAGGAAGUGGAAUGCAUGAUGUUGAGCAAAUACGAAUGUUUGGUCAGUGGUUGUUGGAUUUGGGUGAAGGGAAACUAGGCGGAUCUAAUGAUGGUGAUGCGAUUAUAGAUAUACCCGAUGAUCUUUUGAUCAUGGAUUCUGUUGAUCCUAUUUCAAGUCUUAUAGAGUUUGUUUAUCCUUCUCUUCUUGAAAAUUACCAAAGUUCUAGCUUUUAUCAAGAAAGAGCGAUUCUUGCACCGACGAAUGAAGUUGUUGAUGAAAUUAAUUCUCAGUUGUUGAUGAUGUUCCCAGGCGAUUCCAAGGAAUACCUAAGUUCCGAUAGUAUUUGUGAGACAGAAAAUCUACAUGAUGGUUUUGAUCAAAGUUUAUAUUCUCCCGACGUACUAAAUGGUCUUAAAAUCUCCGGUGUUCCAAAUCACAAAUUAGUACUAAAGGUUGGUGUUCCCAUCAUGCUCCUCAGAAAUAUUGAUCAAAAAAAUGGUCUGUGCAACGGAACUCGCUUAAAGGUAAUAUCAUUUGGAAAUCGCGUUAUUGAAGCAGAAGUGAUAUCUGGAAGCAACAUUGGUGCUCAAAUUUUUCUUCCUAGAAUUGGUAUAAUACCGUCGGAUAAGAAGGUUCCUUUUAGAUUUCAAAGAAUACAGUUUCCUGUUGCUUUAUGUUUCGCUAUGACAAUUAAUAAAAGUCAAGGCCAGUCAUUAUCCAGAGUUGGUUUGUAUUUGAAAAAUCCAGUAUUUUCUCAUGGUCAACUUUAUGUUGCUUUGUCUAGAGUCAAGAGCAGAGAUGGACUCAAAUUAUCUAUUCUUGAUAAUGAUGGUAACCUUACUAAUAGGACAUCUAAUGUUGUAUACAAAGAAGUUUUUAGUUACUUGUAA